AUGGAUCAUGUGGUCUCCUCCCUGAUUCUGCCCCCCCCCCCCUCUUUCCCUUUCCUGGAUCCUCUCAGGCCAGAAGCUGCAGGGCUCUCUGGAAACCUGCCAUGUGACACUCGGCUGCCAGCGCUCCGCCAGAAGGUCAAAGGGGGCCCCGGUGCCGGUCUAAUGGAGAUGCAGAAACCCGGUGCGCCACGACGCGCCCAGCACCAGGACUUCUUCUUCGAGUCUCUGGAGGAUGUCGGCGGGUUCGUCGCGUUCCCCCGGAGGUCAAAGCAGCACAGCGCCAGGUUCCCUACGAGCAAGAAGGUCUUCCCCUGGAUGAAAGAGUCCAGGCCGGCGAACCAGAAACACGGCAGGAGGGUCGCAGACUGCUGCGCCGUCAACGAGAUGUGCCCGAGCGCGACCCCGGCCUCCAAGAGGACGCGCACCGCGUACACGAGCGCGCAACUGGUGGAGCUGGAGAAGGAGUUCCACUUCAGCCGCUACCUGUGCAAACAGCGGCGCGUGGAGAUGGCGGGUCUGCUCAACCUGCACGAGAGGCAGAUCAAGAUCUGGUUCCAGAACCGGAGGAUGAAGCAGAAGAAGGACGAGAGGGUGCAGGCGCCCCCCACCAGCGCCACCACCACCGGGUCCUCCUCACCCCCGUCCUCCCCCUCCGCCCCGGGCAGCCCCACUCUGUCGAGCCUGGGUUAUGUCCAUCUGUCCGGGGGGUUCCAGCCGGCCUCCUCUCCUCUCAAGGCCCAGCAGCCGGCGUACCCGGAAGAAUACUCCAAAUACCCGGCUGCGGGCUUCGCGCACGACCCGCCGCAGUUCAACGUGCGCUACGACGCGCGCGCACCCGACCCGAACGCGGCUCUCAACGGGUCGUAUUUCCCACCGUCGAACUGCACGCGGGACAGAAUCAUGCGAGCUCCCAAACUGACUCAUCUGUAG